UCGCUUCGUUCCGCUGCUGUCACUUUGCCGAUGUGAGAAUCGCCCAGCAGCAUCUCAGCCGAGCAGCAGCGCAAAAAUGCACUGAAAUACGCAUCUUAGGACAUUUCCACCCUCUUUCGGUUUGCCAUGAGGGCGUGUGAUAGGAAUAACAGGGAUGUUCGCACCGGAUUACGUCCCUUUAUUUUGAGAAAAAUGCGGAUUGUUUUGCGCUCGAGGUGUUAACGCAGGAAAAAUAUAUAUAUAUAUAUAUACAUAUAUAUAUAUACAAAAAUGAAGAAGCAGUUCAAUCGGAUGCGACAGCUCGCCAACCAGACUGUUGGCAGGGCAGAAAAAACCGAGGUACUGAGUGAUGACCUGCUGCAGGUGGAGAAGCGUUUAGACCUGGUAAAGCAGGUCUCCCAUAGCACACAUAAGAAGCUGAACGCCUGUCUGCAGGGUCAACAAGGCACUGAUUUGGAAAAGAAAUCCGUCAAAUCUCCCUCUAAAAAGUUGCCCCUGACGAUACUUGCUCAGUGUAUGGUGGAGGGAGCGGCUGUGUUAGGAGAAGAAUCUCUUCUUGGCAAGAUGCUGAAUCUCUGUGGUGAGACCGAGGAGAAAUUGGCCCAAGAGCUCCUCAUGUUUGAGAUUCAGAUUGAAAGAGAUGUUGUGGACCCUCUGUAUUUGCUGGCUGAGGUGGAAAUUCCCAACAUUCAGAAACAGCGAAAACAUUUAGCCAAACUGGUCCUGGACAUGGAUUCUGCCAGGACACGGUGGCAACAGUCCUCCAAAUCUUCAGGUCAUCCUAGCAAUGUGCAGCAGGGCGGAGCCAAGUCUGACUCCCUGAGAGAGGAAAUGGAGGAGACGGCCAAUCGGAUGGAGAUCUGCAGGGACCAGUUAUCAGCGGACAUGUACAACUUUAUGGCCAAAGAAAUAGACUAUGCAAACUACUUUCAUACGCUCAUAGAGGUUCAGGCUGAGUAUCACAGGAAGUCUUUGGAGAUUCUGCAGAGUGUGCUGCCACAGAUCAAAGCCCACCAGGAGGCAUGGAUAGAGAAACCAUCGUAUGGAAAGGCCUUAGAGGAGCAUCUAGCCAUCAGUGGCAGGGAGAUUGCGUUUCCUAUCGAGGCGUGCGUCACCAUGCUGCUCGAAUGUGGCAUGGAGGAAGAGGGUUUAUUUCGGGUGGCUCCCUCAGCCUCCAAGCUGAAGAAACUUAAAGCAUCUCUGGACUGUGGGGUUCUGGAUGUGCAGGAGUACUCGGCCGACCCACAUGCCAUCGCAGGAGCUUUGAAGUCUUAUCUUCGUGAACUUCCCGAACCUCUAAUGACCUUUGAACUCUAUGAUGAAUGGAUUCAAGCCUCAAAUAUUCAAGAUAUGGAUAAAAGGCUCCAAGCCCUUUUGUGUACAUGUGAGAAACUACCAGCAGACAAUCUGAACAACUUCAGAUAUUUAAUCAAGUUCUUAGCCAAACUCACAGAGCAUCAAGAUGCUAAUAAAAUGACGCCAGGUAAUAUUGCAAUAGUUCUUGGACCCAACCUGCUGUGGACACAUUCAGAAGGGAACAUGACGGAAAUGAUGACCACCAUGUCCCUGCAAAUCGUUGGCAUCGUUGAGCCGAUCAUCCAGCAUGCUGACUGGUUCUUCCCUGGAGAGAUAGAGUUCAACCUGACAGGUAGCUUCGGCAGCCCAGUCCAUACCAACCACAACUCCAACUACAGCUCCAUGCCCUCGCCCGAUAUGGACCAAUCAGAUCGCAAGCAGCAGCAUGACCAGAGCCGACGCCCACUCAGUGUUGCUACUGACAACAUGAUGUUGGAAUUCUACAAGAAGGAUGGCAGCAUUAGGAAAAUUCAAAGUGUGGGUGUCAGAGUGAUGGACACGUCGUGGGUGAAGGGCAAAAGUUCCUCUACAUUGACCCGCAAAGCCUCGUCCACGCCUCCACAAGCGCCCGGCUCUCCUGCAGACACCCUGAUCACUGAGCAGCCCGGUGAGCUGGCCACAUCUCCAAUCCCCACACCCCCUCCUGGAGAUAGGGGCAGCUCAGACGACGUGUCGCCCAUUCGGCCGGAUUCCUCACAUGUCUAUUCGUCCCACGUGGAGGAGCGGCCACCCCCUCCGUACCCUUCCUCGUCCUCAUCUUCCCACCCCGGUUCUCACCACUUCUACCCUAAGCCCCCUCCCUGCGCUCGGCCCGUCGCCCCUGGUCCCGAGUCCCAGCCUCCCGGCUCCCCACCUCCGCCCCUGCGCUGGGCCGGCUUCGGCCUUUCCCAGCCCCAGCCACCCCCCUCCUCUUCUUCCUCUUCCUCCUCCUCCUCACUCGAUAUCAACUCCAACCCCAAGCCUAGCUGCCUGCACUUUCCCAAACACGGGCCCCUGUGUGACGCGCCGCAUGCCGCUUCAACUGACGCCAGUGCUUCACCCCUCUAUAUUAAAACCCCUCUCGUACUGACCCGCCAUGACAUGUCCCUCGGAAACCCCCCUAGCCUCCCCUCCACCGCACCCCCGCCGUGGGCUGCCUGUCCAUGUGCCCGUGAGAGAGGACCCCCCAGGCUGACUAGCACUCUGAAGAGCAAGGACCUCUCUCCUGUGAUUGGCCACAAGUCUGCGCAGGCAUCAGGAGCAACAGUGCCCCCUGUCAGUGGUCAGCAGAGCAACAGCCAGUCUCCCCAUUCUGCAGAGCACAGCCCCCACACCUUACGCAAAGCCUCUAAGAAACUGGCCCCUGUACCACCCAAGGUUCCCUACGGCCAGUCGGGGGGGAUAUCAGACCAAUCCACAGGUCAGCCGUCUCCGGUUAGCCUGUCCCCCACUCCCCCAAGUACCCCCUCCCCAUACAGUUUGGGCUGUCCCCCAGGACACGCGCCCACCUCUUCCCCUGGCCAGACCCCAUUAGGGGGACCCCAUACGUUGUCCUCGCCGCCGUCUCUGACUGGUACGCUCACAAAGUCACGACCCACCCCAAAGCCCAGGCAGAGACCCAGUCUACCCCCUCCCCAGCCACCCACUGUCCCCCCUACGGCCCCCCAGCCCCUGGAGCAGGGUCUACUUGACGGAUUGUCCCCCGGGGAGAGCAUGUCCACAGCAGAUUUCUUCAGUUUGGAAAUUCCCUCCAUCAACGUCAAUCUGGACAGCCUGUUGGACGAAUUCAGGGUCCCACGUCGGAGCUCCCUUGCUGCGGUCAGCUCUCCGGAGGGCGAGUCCUUGUCCGAGGAGGAGGGCCAAAGCACCACGCUAUGACCCCUGAGCCCACCCAGCAGCAUGCCAGCUUCACAUAGAACCCAUUUACUCCUGCUGAGGCCCAACUGGAAACCCCACCUUGACCAAACCCAGAGUCUCGGAUACUACAUGAGAGACUCGUAUAAGAUAAGACGGCAACCACACAACAGGUGCCACUAAAAAAUAAAUAAAUCAAUUAUAUUUCGUUCAAAUUGGCACCGGAGGAAUCUGGAGUUUUGUGUUACAAUGCCCGAACGAUUUUGUCGGUUUUGUUUUCUUGUCAUGUUGUUGGAUUUGUUUGAUUGGGAUGUUUUUAUUUCUGCCUUAUCAGAGCUGCAAUUACAAUACAGUGCACAUAGGGGAGCAGUCUGCUCACUCUAAAGGAACCUCAUACUCUUUGUCUCGCUUGAGGCUUCAAACUGAGAUGCACCCUCAUGGUCUGAGAGUAGGAGAGUCUUUGUUUGUUACAGGGUCCAUGCCAUGCUUUUUAUAGAUGACUUGGUGGCAUAUAGCAUGUUUGAGUCUAAUUUUGCAAUGCUGAGGUCUCACAAUGCUUUCUUUCUUUCUAAUGCAGAACAUGAAACCAAGGCAGGAAAUCCCGGGUUCCCACAAUAUCAGGGUAUUUUAAUAGCGACAUGGAUUUUUUUUUACUCUAAAAAGAUGCAUUUCCUAUAGUCUGUAAUUUAUUUUAUUUUAUGAAGUAUUUCUUCUAUGUGAGAAUUAUCCUGGAAUACCGUUAAUGGAAAUGCAUUGGUCAGAAGGUGUGGGAACCCUGGAAAUCUCAAAUCCGCACCCUCUACCUGCAAAACAGAAACGUUGCUUGUGCUAAAAACAGGUCACGGCAUCCACUACUGAGAUCAACCACUGGUUGCCCUGCUUUGCAUUUUCUGUUGUCCUUGCACACUCAUAUGCCCUCCAAAGUGCUUCGAAUGCAGUGCCACACUAUCCCUUCUGUAUAUACCAGUACUGUAUAUAAAGAUGUGUAGAUAAGUGUCAACGAGAGGAGAAAUGUAAAAGCAAAUAUGAAUUAUAUAUUCAUAAAUGUGACAUGCCAUAUUUAUCUUGUAUAGAAAUAAUGUUCUAAGUAUUAUUUUGUCCCUGAACACUUUUUGUCAGGUUCACAUAGCAAGUGAGUUUUUUGCACUUUUGUAAGCCAGGAACUAGAUGUAGAAAUAUGAAUGCAGACGUGGCAGAAGUUUAGGUAGAGUUAUUCCCAAGAGAGAUUUUAUCCCUAAACCGACCUCAUCGAUAACAGCCUUAAUCAACAGCAUAAAUCAAAAACCGACACAAACCACUUAUUAUUAUUUGAAAAUAGAUGAAGUUGUCGACAGAUUACACUAAUUGUAUAACAUCAGUUCAGUCUUAGUAUUGUAUAGAAACUGGUAGGUUAUAAAUGAAAAUACAACGGCCCCAAAAAGUUGCGAUGUGUGGAAUCUGCAAAAUAAUGACAACCAACUAACCAGAUGUUUCUUUCAAUUACUUUUAGUCAACUGCUGUCGCAAUGAUUUUUAGUGCAUGUAUGAGGUUUUUUCCUCACUGAUGUCAUUCAUCACAUGAACGAUAGACAUGAUGUGUCCACAUACUUUUUAGGGGCCACUGUAUAGCAUUUAUCACUGAAAAUCAAUGGAAAAAUAUAGAUUUUAUAACUUGGCAGGGAUCCUUUCGAAAUGUCGUCUCAAAGAUGUCAGGCCCUAAAGAUCAUUCAAAGUCUCAUUGCUUUAACCCCAGACACAUUAUCUGAUGCCUCACUGGGAUUGCACAUUUGUUGCAUUGGUAUACAACACUACGAGAUUAAAUGGAUGCUGCAGUUUCUCUUGUCUGAACUGAGCGCAGGACUUCAUUAAGGUCAAAUAAACAUUAGCUCACUUCUGUCCCGUCGAAGGAAUGGGCACAACGAAACGCCUCUGUUCUCAUGUGAAGGACUCUACUUCCAACAGUGGAUAGCCAUGGCUUGUUUUUUAGUGUACGUCAGGGACAAAAGGACUUUUUUGCUGAAAUCUGUGAUAUGCCUCGGUGUGUGUUCUUGAUGAAAUAUAGUCUAAUGAUUACUGGUGACUGAGUUAUAGUUGUAGUGAUAACACAAUGACAAUUGCAAGUGCCCUCACAUUCAGUAUUUAGAACCUGAAGCUAACGGCGAGUUUCGUGCAUACAUGAGGUUCUGUCUGUGCCGUUUCCCGCGGUGUUCUGUGAGGAGGCAGUUGAGUCUGUUGUGCUGACUGAAUGUGAUUUCGCCUUUACUUCGAAGUGCCCUACUAGAGUAAAGGCCUCGAUACCUUAUAGCAGCUGCAAUAGACGCAUGGUUUAUUUUCUUUAUAAGCGUGACACUUUUGCUCAUCUCUCUCUCUGUUAGCACUUACAAUGAAUGCUUAUGUUAUUGUUAAUGAAGACAUGGGAGGGCUUUAUACAGUAUGUACAUGCAUUCUCAUUCUCAUCUGUUAUCACACACUUUUCUAAGGUGAAAAGCCACAGGUAUUUGUUAUCUUAAUGUGAUUUGUAAAUUGAGGUUAUCAGAAUCAUGUCAUUAUUUACAGGUGACUGUGUUUAGCAUUUAUAUCAAGUAAUUGAAAUGUUCAGGACAUUAUUCAAAACCAAAUGGAUGCACCUGGAUUAAAACCUGAUGAAUUGUGCAUACGUCAUUUUAACUGAUGAUUUGACCCACGAAGAAUCUGCUCAGGUCAUGCGUCACCCCAAAAUCAGAAGAAACAAUUAAUAAAUUAUACUUUAAUUACAGAUCAAGAAACUUGCAUUGUUUUAAAUUAUUAAAUCAAACGAUUUUCAUGAUGAUUAAGCACAAUAUCAUUCCCAAAUGUCAUUAAUACAAUAUUGCAUACAUUUUUAAUGUAAUGCCAAAAUGCCACAAAUAAAUAAAUCUGGAUAGUCAUACAUUUCUUUUUUUCGAUUUUGGAGUGAAAUGCCCCGACUUGAAUCUGUUGUUGUAAGGCUUUUCACUGCAUUUUAUGUACUGAUUGUGGAAAAUCAGUACAGAAUUGAAAUGGGAAUUGUGUUAAAUUAUUAUUGAACACUAUGUAAGCAUUAUCAUACAAAAUUCAAACUGUAUGUCAAGCCAACAUGUAAAGGGUAGAAAUCUGCAAAGAUAUCUGCGGGCACAGAAUACUAAUGGGUCAAAUAGAUAUUAUUUCAAAUUUCAUCUUAUUAAUUACUUCAAUCAAGCAAAUCAUAUAGUACAAAUUGCCUUUUGCAAAAAAAAAGUCAUCUAAUGCACCUAUUACAAAGAUAUAAUUUGCACCGAAUCCGAUACAUUUAUUUCUGAAUUGACUUUAUAUUUUCAACAUGAAAUGAUAUGCUCAAAAAGAACUAGUGAUACAAAGAAGCCACAAAUCUGUUUUUAAACAGUUUAAACAGGAGGAUUUCUCAUCUUUUUCUCAAUACACUUUUAUUCAUUUAGGUCUCCCUGUUUACAUCAUCCUGUGAAAGCCAGCAAGUUGGAGUGACAGAGCAUGCAUUUAAUUAUUUAUUCCCUUUAGAUAAUCACAUGUGUGUUCAUUAAAACAUUACCAGAUAAGGGAGUCAGCUAUGAACCAGGGAUGUGUGAAAACAGAGGUGACAAGUUGAUCAGUGCACAUUGUCCAAUGAUGUACAGCCCUCUUCACCCCCGCUCACUGAACUACUGUACAGAUCUGCCUGUAAAUCACCCUCCUCAGCUUAGCAUAUGAGUCAAAGAACAGUCUGUACGGUGAAGCCUGCCGCAGUCCUUCUCAGAAUGUCAGAAAUACAUAGAUAUAUAUUAAACUCUACAUUUGUAAUA